CUUAAACUCUAAAUAAUUAACAUUUUCCCCCCAGAAACAAUAAAAUCUCUCAAAUCUCAAUCCAUUUGUCUCGUUGACAUGUCUUCCUCCGGCGGAAUUGGUGGCGCCGCCGCCGCGGCACCACCACCACCUUCUCAGCCACAGAUGUAUUACUGUCACCAGUGCGAGCGCACGGUCAGGAUCACUCCGUUUUCUUCCAUAGAACUCGCUUGCCCCACUUGCAACGGUGGCUUCCUUGAAGAACUCGAAACUAACCCUAACCCUAACCCUAAUUCCAAUUCUAACCAUCCUUUCGAUGCCUUCUUCUUAGACGAUCUCAAUACGCUGUUGGGUAUGGGUCCCACUCCGACUCGGCCGUCUUUCACAGACUCGGCCGAAUUCAACCCCUUCGUUUUUCUCCAAAACUAUCUUCAAACCCUGAGGGCAGGUGGCGCGAAUAUCCAGUUCGUCAUCGAGAACAGCUCCUCAAUGGACCCCACCGGUGGAGGGGCGGCGUUUCGGCUCCCAGCGAAUCUCGGGGAUUACUUCAUCGGGCCGGGCCUCGAGCAGUUGAUCCAACAAUUGGCGGAGAACGAUCCCAAUCGAUAUGGGACGCCUCCGGCUUCGAAAUUGGCCAUUGAGGGGCUGCCAAAUAUCAAGAUAUCGGAGGAUUUGAUGGGCUCGGAAUCAUCUCAGUGUGCUGUGUGUAAGGAUAGUUUUGAGUUGAAUGAAGUUGCGAAACAGAUGCCUUGUAAGCAUAUAUAUCACUCAGAUUGUAUUAUGCCUUGGCUUGAGUUGCAUAAUUCGUGUCCUGUUUGUCGGUAUGAGUUGCCUACGGAUGAUCUUGAUUAUGAGCAAAGGCGUAAUGGGAAUAAUAAUAACAAUAAUAUCAGUAACAAUGAUAGUACUGUUAAUAAUAACAAUAAUCAGGGUUUUAGUGUUGGGUUUGGUGGUGGGAUGUCUGCUGCUGGUGAUGGUGUUGGUGGUGGUGGUGGUGGUGGUGAUGGUGGGAGUGGUGGAGGGAAUCCUGAGACUCCAAGGACCAUGGAGCGGAGGUUUAGUAUCUCCUUGCCGUGGCCAUUUAGGGCGUUUGGUUCGCCUGCAGGGACAAGCAGUGGGAGUGGGAACAAUGAUGGAGAUUCAAACCCAGGGAAUAGGGGUUCAGAGCCCAGACAAGAAGAUCUUGAUUAAGAAGGAUCUUUGGAAUGGAAAGUGAUUCGGAUCUGCAACCGCAGGUGACAUAGCAGAGAGAUGUUUCGUAUUAAUGAUUAGCUACAAAUGCUUAUUUUCAUAUUUGGAUAAUAAUCAUAGGUAAAUGUCCAUUUUGAUGUUAGUAUUAAGAAUUCUUUAUAGUUUCAAAAUUCUAUGACAAGUUUUAUUGUGCAUCAUCGGUUUGCAUAUUUGUAAAAAAAUUUAUUCUCUUUGGACCAGUUUUUAUGUUGGAAAUGUGCAUUUUACAAUUUUAUUUCA